UUUGACAGAUGGUGGUCAAUGAAUUUCCUAAAUCCUAUUUGAAUUGCACAGUAUUUUAUUUUAUCAUAAACGACGAACUGUUUUAUAUAAUGUUCUACCACAUAAUUCACCGAGCUGUUAUUCCAACGCUUAGGACAGUAGCGAUAUGCUCAUAUAAACAUUCAAUUAUCUCAUCCCAAAUAUUGAAAUCAGCCUCUCCCUCUCCUCUCUCUAGAUUUUCUUUUUGUUUAAUUGGCUCGCAUACACAAAGUCGGCUGUUUUCUGUGCAAGUAACUCCAGAAGAAAUGAUAGUAAAUUAUGAAGAAGUCAAGAAGGCUAUUUCAAACAAUGACAUACUAAUAGUAGAUGUUAGACAGCCAGAUGAAAUUAAAGAACAUGGAAAAAUUCCAAACAGUAUUAACAUUCCAUUGGGUGAUGUCACAAAAGUACUAAGCUCAAUGUCAGAAAAGGAGUUUGAAAAAAGUUACAAUAGAUCAAAACCAGCUGAGGAUAGUCCUAUUAUUUUCUAUUGUAUGAUUGGCAAGAGGUCUGGUAUGGCUCAACAGAAUGCUUUAAACCUGGGGUAUAAAAAUGUAAAAAACUACCUAGGCAGCUGGACAGAAUGGGCUUCAAAAGUGCAGACAUAGUUAUUGUAAUAUAAAGAAUAUUAAAGUACAAAAAGGCCUUGAGUAGCAAUAUAAUAGUAAUUUGGCAUUCCGUAGGAUAAUUCCUUGGUGGCUCACCCAUAGCUAUGUGUUAUGUCAUCUAGUCAUAAUUAAAUUUUGGCCAAAAAAUAUUUGAUUAAAUUUUUUUUAGAAUAAGUAAGUUGUGUUUUUCAGAAUAUAAUCCAUCAAAAUUACUGGUUUAUUUUAAUUUCAAUUUAUUAUGCUGCACAGACAAUGAACAGUAUAUCAGAAAUUAUAUUGAACAUAAAUAUCUUUUCACUUCUGUCUACUUGACCAGUCAUUCCAACUUCCAAGAUAUGUUUUAGACCUAGAGUAGCCGAGUUUUAAAGCCUUGUCCAAAGCUUCUGAGGAUCGGCGGCCAGAUUGACAGUAAAAUAUAAGUUCAUCAGAUGAAGAUGGCUUUGUUCUUUGAAAGUGCUUCUUAAAAUCAUCAUCAGACAUUGAUGUUAAUGCAUCUUGGACAGUAUUUACUAGAGAAAAAUUAUCAAUGUAAGGACAUGGCUUUUUAGAAGUAUACAAAACAAUAAAACAUAAUAAUUCAACACAUUUACAUGGAAUGUUUAUGCUUGAUGGUAUCUUCCCAGUGGCAUUCACUUCAUCAGGAUUUCGAACAUCAAUGAUCACUUUCUCAGGCUGAUGAAUUACUUUUAGCAUAUCCUCAUAGCUUACUACUCUCUGUGGAUCCACCAUUUUAUUUUUAUAUUGUAUUGCAACUGAGAUAUCUCUAGUGUGAGUUAUUUGAC